CCUAAAUUUCAGAAUAAAUACAUUAUUUCCUGGGGGAAGUAGUUGUAUUACUCUGUUGAAUUAGCCUGGGCUGGAGCCCAUGGCUGCCAUACCGGAGCCUGGUAGAAUGAGACGUUCUUUCUAUGUUGGAGUAGGGGGAUUUAUGUUCGUGACUUGAGAAUGCUAGUCCCAUCGUAGGUAUACUUAUGCAAAGCUAAGAAUCCUGGAAAGAAUUGCCAGAAUAGGAAUUAAAAACAAGAUUUUAUAUGAAAGUACCCAACUUGAUCCGGAAAGAAAACAAACCUAUGGCAAUAGCACAAGUUGA